AUGGUGUGGGGAGGCAUUUCUUUGGAGGGCCGCACAGCCCUCCAUGUGCUAGCCAGAGGUACCCUGACUGCCAUUAGGUACCGGGAUGAGAUCCUCAGACCCAUUGUGAGACCAUAUGCUGGUGCAGUGGGCCCUGGGUUCCUUCUGAUGCAUGACAAUGCUAGGCCUCAUGUGGCUGAAGUGUGUCAGCAGUUCCUGCAUGAUGAAGGCAUUGAUGCUAUGGACUGGCCUGCCCGUUCCCCAGACCUGAAUCCAAUCGAGCACAUCUGGGACAUCAUCUGUUUCCUGAGGCCUGAAAACUACCACAGUACAGUCUUGCCUUGGCUCUAUCUCAUCCUGGCUAUCCUGGGUUUUCUGACCAAUGGGUUGGCAAUAAAGGACCUCUGGAGAUCCGAGAAGACCCCCAGCGUCAUCUUUACCCUUAACAUAGUGAUGUCAGACCUGAUGUUGUGCUGCAGCUUCCCUUUUAGAGUGGCCUACUACAUAUCCUCACUUCAGUGGAAAGCUGGCACUUCCAUCUGUUUGACAACUGAGUUUUUCAUGAUUUCAUGUUUUUACAUUAACAUCUACUGUAAUAUGAGUUUUUUAUUAUGGAUCAGCAUCAACCGCUUUGCUACAGUGGUACGGCUGCGCUGGACCCUACUUCGUGCAUUCAAGCAACCACGUCACAGCUGGAUUAUCUGUCUUUCCACCUGGAUAAUAGGAACAACCUUUGUCAUUUGCCCUUUAGCAUAUAAGGCAAGCCAUAAAUCUAAAGAACAAGAACCAAUUUCUUGCUUUGAUCAAGUAAUAAAUAAUAAAAUUGAUCAAAUGAAAGGAUUGCACUUUAUAGGCGUAGGAGUCUUCUUCUUCAUGCUGGGAUUAAUGUUGCUCAGUUAUGGGCUGCUGAUUUUUCAUUUGCACAAAGUGAGCAAGGAAAGUCUGGUGGGUGCCGGAUUUGGACCUGGCAAAGGCCUGAGGGUGCGGAGAAAAAUCUUGGCCUCUAUAGUUCUGUUUGUGGCCUGCUUCCUGCCCUACCACAUCCAGAGAAUCAGAAUGGCAGCUUCAGGGGAAAAAGACUGCCAGAAGAAGCAGAAAGACUUUAGUGUAAAGACGAUGAUGAUCCUUGUAGCGGCACUAAGUUGCUGCUUGAAUCCAGUCCUCCACCUGGUGCUACAAUCACCCUGCUGCAAAGCCAAGCGCAAUGUCAGAAACCAUGCUAAACCUGACAUCUCAAAGAGUCAAGUCACACCACACAAACAUACCAAUGAUAUGACACUCUAAUUUAACCAAGAGUAAU